CGUUAAUCGAAAAAAGCUUAUAAAAGUCAUACAACAACCAGCCGGCUUUUGCCAGCUAAAUGAAGUGAUCUCCCUUGGCAGAAUCGCAGUCGACCUGAGAAUUGUUUUUAACUAAAUGGCGCGUGAAAUAAAACGCAUCGAACAGUGUCUAAAUGAUUUAUGGAAUGGAAAAGAUGAUCGAAAACAGAUUGUCGAAGAUAUUGCUCUCAUCUGUCCCAAUCAGUUGACAGUUAAAAAUAUUGAAUCUGUAUGUACCCUGCUAUUUGAUAAAGAAAUAGGAGUUACCACAUUCCUCAGAAGCAACGCUAACCAGCCUACUGAAAUUCGUCAUGACAUAUUGGCAAUGUUGAUCAAUGUUCAACAGAAGUUUGGAGAAUAUCUACAACCAUAUGCUGCUGAUCUCAAAGGCAUUUGUAUGUUACAGUACAACCAAGAUAAAAGUGCCAAAGUGAAAAAUACUGCUCUUGACUUGCUCAUACAUGUCCUUGAAGCUUCUUCAGGAUAUUACCAAAUCAGUGAAGUGGACAUUCCAGGCGUUAUCAGGAAAUUCUUUAUGGAGCUUGCGAACCCAUCAAAAAUUCCAUUAACUGUGAAAGCUAAAAUCUACCUGCUUUUUGGUACCCUCGCAAAUCAUUACCCAGAAUUUAUGAAUGAUAAUGCAAAAAAGCUAUUUGAUAUAUACUUAAGUGCAAUGGUUGCAGAGUUUAAAAGUAGUCUCAAGAAACCCGAAUUCUUAGUCAUUGCUGCCUGUCUUGAAGGUUGCAACAAACUUUUAUUGAAGCAUACACCAUAUGAUCUUGAAGAGGGUGUUAAAAAAUAUUAUGAGCUUUUUCAAUCUGCUCGCAGUGCUGCCAAACCUGAUCUUAAUCUUUCCCGUUAUGAAAUGCCAAAAGCAAGUUUAAUGUUAUUUGAAAACCAUUCUGCAUUUUUUAUUAAAUUCCUGCAAGACUGUUAUGAGGACAUGUAUGAUGUCUUCAUGAAAUGGUUCCGUCACAAAAACAGAGAAUUAGCAAAUCAUGGACAAUGGGCAAUGGAAGCUUUUAUAUAUCAAAUUUCACAAGCAAUUGUUGAAGACGCAGAUGCUCCUCAAAGGAAUAUGUUUGAGUUCUUUCUCAAGAAGUCAAAUGAUAUGAUAAAAAAUAAAGAUUCUACAAAGAAAGAAAUUGAGGUAGCCAUUAAAUGCUUUGGCUUACUAGCUGGUCCUUGUAAGAAAUUCCACACACAAGAUGAUGUGAACUUUAUGUUUCGAGAGAUGUUAGAACAUAGUAAACAUCUGUUUGAAAAGGAUUCUGAAAACUUACAUGACCAACUAUACAGUUUAUGUGGUUAUUUAGAAGCUCUAUCAAGCAUCCUUAAAGAAGUUGAUUGUAUAUCAGAUGAAUCUCUGAAAAUUAUUGAGCAUCUGUUGGUUGUCAUGAUAGAGAACUUCCCACAUGUGUAUUUCAAGUACCAUUUCAAAUGUGUGAAGGCAAUUUUGAAAGUAUUGCUAGCUCUCAUGCCAAAGGAGACUCAUCUUCGUGAAAUUCUGAAAGAAACAGUGUAUCAAGGUCUUCUAAGAAUGAGUCAUCUUGCCACUCCUUUAAAAGAAAUGGAACAGCCUCCAAGAACUGGUACUUUCAGUGUGUGGGGUAUGAAAAAAGAAGUAUCAUACAAGGAUUAUAUAUCUCUCUGGUCAAAUUUACUCAAAAGUUCUUCUCUGAAGGAACUCUCCACCAUUGGCUAUAGCUUCAGUGAUCGUGAAAAACUUACACAAUUACUUUAUGAUGAAAUACUUUCUUCUGUUAUUCAUAUCAUUGAGUCACUUGACUUGACUAUUAACACAAGUAUCUCACAAGAUGUGGUUAUUCCACCUUCACCCAGCACUAGCUCUCCCAUGGACUUACCUACUGUAUCAGCUGAUCCAGUGCAUAACAUCAAACUAAAUUGUGUCCAGGACCACCAAGUGUUUUACAAUAUCGUUAAUUUCUGCUGUGAAUUUCUGGACAAAAAUGAGAAAAAAAUGUUCAGAAAAUGGUUGUUCAGAUAUUGCAAUUUCCUGGUUAAAAUUUCCACAAGAACACCUCUUGUUAGUGGUUUUCACAGAUUGUUGACUGUCUGUAUGAAAAUAGCCAGAGAUUUGCACUACUUUAAGGGAAUUUCCAUUGACAAUUUAAAAAUUACUGAAGAUUCAAACCAGACAAAUGCAGAGAAGAUUGCUUGUUGUAUACUCAUAAAGAAGUAUAGUAAGGAGAUUUUAGUACAACUGAAACAAUACAAAGAGGAAUUACUUGCUGCCUGCCUGACAUUGGUAUUGUCUCUUCCCACAGAACUUAUUGUAGAUCAAAUCAGUGACCUUUUGCCAGCUAUUCGGAUGUCACUUUCUAUUGGUUCAACCUACCUUCCUCUUGCCAAUGCUGCAAUGGAUACUUUGGAAUACUGGAGUGAAGGUUUAUCCCAAGAUGCUUUGAAGACUGUUUAUUCUCAAGUUUUGCCUCAUUUAGAUCCCUUCAUUAAAACAUCAGAAAGGGGUUCUGAUGAUAUUGACCUCACUAAUAUAGACUUAAAAAAGAAACGCUACAUCCUGGAUCCAGACUCUGAACUGAGUAAAAUAAAAUACAGAAUUGCAAAAUACCUAGGUAAUAUUGGUGGCAAUUUUAAUAAAGAUUUAUUAGCAAAUUCUGACCAAGAUGUCUUGAAGUAUGCUGUAGCCUGGGACACUGAGAAGCACUUGAAAUUUGACUUACCUUUUACUGACAUGAAACCAACCAUUUAUUUAGAUCCUUUCUUACCUCCUAUUCUCGAGCUAGCUACUAAAUCAAGUGACCGUCAGACCAAAGUUGCUGCCUGUGAAUUCUUGCACUCUGCGGUACUGUAUUCUCUUGGAAAAAGUGUCCAGAAGGGACCAUCAGUCGAAGGCGAUUAUUGUUUCUCAUUUGAAGCGAUAUAUAAAAAUGUCUUUCCGGUGUUGCUCCAAUUGGCAUGUGAUUUGGAUCAGGUUCCCAAACAGCUGUUUGAAACCCUGGUAUUUCAACUAAUACAUUGGUUUACAAGUAACAAGAAGUUUGAAAAUGCAGAAUCCAUGGCCCUUUUGGAUGCUAUUUAUGAUGGUAUAAUCCAGUCUGAAGAUACAAGCCUUCGAGAUUUUUGUGCAAAAUGCAUUGCAGAAUUUUUUAAAUGGUCUCUGAAAAGAAAAAGUAGUGAGAAAAACCCAGUAAAUGUAACAUCAGUCUUAACUCGACUGUACAGCUAUACUCUUCAUCCUGACCCAUUUAAGAGGCUGGGAGCUGCUUUAGCUUUCAACAAUUUUUAUGCCAUAUUUAGAGAACAUGAUAUGCUGAUUGAUCAAUUUGUAUUUAACCUUUUGGUACAUUUUGUGAAAAGCUUAGCUUUAUGUCACAAGGAUGACCAAUCUUUAGGUGUCCAUUCACAGUGUUGUAAAGCUUUGGACCACUUAGAAAGAAUUAUCUUGAAGAAAGCUGAUAUGUUGCAAAAAGUUAGCCCAGCUCGUAAACAGCCAAGUCAAUGGAACCAAAUAACCCUUGUGUGUGCCGUCCGUUGGCUAGUUCGACAAUGUGGUUGUCCCCAAACAAGUUGUCGUCAUGCUUGUAUGAAACUUGUUUAUAAUUUAGCUCCUCAAAUUCAAGGAAUAAAACAAUCUGAAGAAUUUUUUCAAAUUUUCUAUAAGAAGGAAGGUCACAAUUAUUUUAUUGAGAGAUUUGAAGGUGGUGGAGAAGGCUCUGAUGUUUCAAAUUCAAUUAUGCAUUGUCCACAAUUAGAAAUAAAAGAGCAUUUCUCUCUCCAGAAAACUUGUCAAUGGUUUGAUUAUUUCUUAGCUGGGUUAGAUUGCUACAUUUGGGUUUUUGAGAAUAAUUUAUUGAGCCCAGAGCAAAUGCUUCAAGUUGCUGAAUCUAAUUCUCAAAUCAUCAAAGCUGUAUGCUAUUUUUUGGAGUAUAUUGCACUAUCUGAUUUGAAAACUCUGACAAAGAAUUUUAAUGCUGAUUAUCUUCUUUUCACUCCUAAAGAAGAAGAAGAGUUCAAUAGGAACAAAUGUACUGUCAUUAUCAGGAUUUUCAGCUUUCUAACCACUGUUCUUAAGAAAAGCAAAGAUGCUGAAAAUUGUUCUGUGAUCCCUAAUGAGGUGUGGACCCCACAUCUAUGGAGAUUAAUUUGUGAGUGUGUUCUGCAACCUGAGUAUGUUGGAUUCAACCUGACAGAUUUAGAAAUUGUCAAUAAACUACCUGACGAGUUACAGAACUUAUUGAAUAUUUUUCUGAAAAAAUUACCUGCAGAAUUCAGGCAACAAAUGAGAGAAUCAAUCAAGAAUCAACUUGUUAAUCAAAGGGAUCUUUUGACAGUCCUUCCAAUUCCUCUGAAAUCUCCAAAUACCAAUUACUUCAAACUUCAGCAACUGUUGACUGGUUACCAUAUCUUAAAUAAAGUGAAGUUGCUGGGUGAUAUGGAUCUUGAAAGUUUAGCUGCGAAACUGUUGCAUAACGUUUCCCAGGUAGGGAUUGCAAUGCUUCUUUUACUUAUGAGUGCUGGCAUGAUUGCAUGGUUAAGAAAUUUACUUCAUGAGUACAAGGUAUCAAAGUUCCAUCUGAUGCAUCUUGAGCCAGUGUCCAGUUCAGUAACCUUAGAUAUCAGAGAAUUUAUGGCAGUUGUGUUUACUGAAGAAGCCCAUCAACAGGAUACAAGUUGUGGAGAGAUUUUAUUGUGCAUUUUCAAACAAGAAAUGUCAGGUUACAUCAUUGAGCAUGCAGCAGAAUUAAUUCCUAUGAUAAUGGCUAAAUCUAGCAGCAAUUCUCAACUUGUUGGUCAUAUACUGAUAUCAGUACUUGAUAUCUUGAAGCACAAAAGUUUGAAAUGGAAACAGAGCGCUUCACAAGUUUGUGACAUUAUUUUUAAAAAUUGGAGUAUGAUUGAAAAUUGGUGGAGAGAUGAUGCAUCAGAAGAUACACAGAGAAUCACUUUUGAUAUCUUACUUGAAAUCCUUCGUCUCGACUCAAAGGUUCUUUCCAAUAGUGAAAAUCCUACUUGUGAGUUGCUGCACAAGUUCUUUUAUAUACUUUUGUUGAACAAAACUGUAGCAUCUUCCUUCAAGGUCUCUCUCUUGGAUCUGCUUCCUUUCCUGUCUGUUUCACCUGAGCCACACAACUCUCGACUAAGAACCAAUUUAGAGAAAUUUUUAAAGGAUAAAUCUCGACCAGAAACUCUUCUCUAUGAUACCUAUAUCAGUUUGCUAGAUAAGAUUUUAUUUGCAUUGAAAAAAAGUAAAAGUAAAAUGUUGCUUGAACUUGUAAUUGAAAUUUACUGUCAAGAAGAGAAACACUGCCAUGAAAAAGAUAUUCAUAACUGUUUAGAGACUUUCAUCAAAAGGAUUUCUUUACUUGAUCAAAAGUCAUAUGUCCAAAUACCAUUUGAUUUGUUCUUGAAGACUCGGAGUCAUACCAACAAUUUCCGUAAAUUCGUAAUCAAGAAAGUUUGCUUACCCUUUCUAAGAAAUAUGUCGAAAAUUCCAUUUGUUGAAUUUCUUAAAUCAAAUAUUCCUGCCAUUGUGAACAUCGUUGAAGCUGAAAUCACACAAUUGUCAGAAGACCUUAUGGAACAGCAUUUGACUGACAAAAUGUGUUGCUUUCAAAUUUUGGAAAUUAUGUACAGAAGUAUGGAUGUGAAAGAACUGAAUGGCCCAGGCUCUGAAGUAAACUUUGUCUACUGCAAAGCACAAAAUAUUGAAGCACAAAAGAUUGUUGGUAAAGAAUUAACCAAAGUCAUUACAAGGAUUGCUCAUCAAACAAAAAAAGAAGACAUGCGUGGAGAAACUUUAUAUUUGGAACUUCAUCGACAAGUACACUGUGCAGCCUAUAACUUGCUUAUAGCUAUCAUUUCUUGUACUCAAACAGAUCUCAAGUUUUACAAUGUUUUUCUGUUUGCUGAAAAUGAAGAGAAAAAAGAAUUUCUAUUGGACAAUGUCAUUGAUAAAGAAAAAAAAUAUUCUUUUCCUAUUGUAUUUGAGAUGCAGCCAAAAAAGGAAACUAUUUUCCUCACACUUCAGAAAGAAAUAAAGCAGAAAGUUGUGGCGGAUGCUAGUCAAUCUGCCUCUUAUCAUCUCAGUUCAGUGUAUUUAGAAAAAAGCAGUUUGAGUGUUGAUAUUGGUCGAUAUGAUUAUCUCUCAUCAAAUGUUGAACAUCAAGAGAUUCCUUCAAUUUCUGAAGAAGAAAAUUCUGCAAAUUCCUCAGCCAUAUCUGAAGAAAAAACAAGAGGUUAUGCUCUUGAAAUGGAUGAAAUUAAUCAAAGUGAAUGCAUGUUACCUGUGGUAGCUGUUCUAAAACAUAUGUACCAGCAGAAUAUCACUCCUAAAGAAAACGCAGAGAUGCCUCCUUGGAUGUAUUACCUUCAUAAAAAAUUUACUGCAUCUUCAACACACCUAAAUAUAAAACUGUUUAUUGCUAAGCUAAUUGUUAAUACUGCUGAGAUUUUUGAAAAAUAUGCUUCAUUUUGGGUGUUGCCUCUCUCUGAAUUCAUUAUCUGUGGAAAUUUUGAAGAAAAAGGCAUCAAUUAUUUUGUUCUUGAUAUUAUUGUGAUGAUUCUGAGCUGGGGUGAAAAUUCAAUUCCUCGUGAUACUUCAAAAGAACGUUAUGUGGCAUCUAGUUUGGUGCAGUUUAUCAUCAGGAAUAUUUAUAAUGCAAACCGGACAAUAUUUCGAAAUAAUCUUAAACUGCUGGAAGCUUUGGUAGGACUCUGGAAAGCUAGAAUAGAUAUCCCAUAUAAGCUUUUAUAUGAAAUGAUGACAAGCAGUGCUCCCAACACUGGAGGUCUGAUGGUCAGUGUGCAGCUCUUAGGUGUUCUAUUAAAAUGUAAUUUUUCACCUUAUGUAAAUAUGACAGAUGUUCCUCGAGAAACAUAUUUUGAUCGGUUGUCUGAAGGACUUCGUCAUAAUAGUAAAAUCGUUUAUGCUAGCACAGCUGAGGUGUUAGGUUUGUCAUUGAAAUAUUUUGAUCAGCAUAAAGAUUCUGAAUUUGAGAAAUUUAUGAGACAAAUUGAAAAGGUAAUGAAUAAUUUAGAAUCCAAGCUUGGAAAUUUCUUUGUUUGUCUUCAUAAGAUGCAGUUGCACUAUCAACCAGUUGCUAAGAGAUAUUUACCAAAGCUGCUCCAUCACUUAACCAAACUCCAUGGAGAUUUCCAAUUGUAUUGUUUGGAAAUGUUGCUUGGGAAUAUCAAGAAUGUUGACGGUGCAUUCAAAGAAUUAAAGAGCAAAAAUUUCUUCUCUUUCUUUGCUCACAGAAAUAAAAAUAUUCGAUUGACUUCUUUGCAUAUUGUGAAAGCUUUGCUUGCUGAACUUAAACCAAAUGAGUUAGCAGAAAUAUUUUCUAGUAUUAAUUGUCAGAAAGAAGAACCAUGGGUAGCUUGUCGUAAAGUAUUGUAUGAUAUCCUCAUGUGGGUAUAUGACAACUAUGGAGAGGAAACAUCAGAAGAAAGUGGUCAAAUAAUGUCUUAUACACAGGAAUUAUUGUUGAAAGGUCUAGAAGAUAAAGAUUAUUCAUGCCGAGUCUUGGUGCAUAAUUUUUGGAGUAAUAGAACUAGACUGCCAGAAUCUACUUUUGACCGCAUGGUUGCAAUGCUUCAGAUGAUGUAUUCUCCUAGAACUGAACAUCAGUUCUUAUAUUAUUCCAGCAGUUUACUUUUGGAAAUGACAAGCAAAAGUCCAGAAUAUAAUCGAGAAAUAUUUGAAUAUCCCCUUGCAGAAUGUCAAUUUAAGGAGUAUAAAGUAAAGUCAUCUUGGCAGCAUAGACAUUCUACAAUGACACCAUUAUUUUUUGAUGCUCUGUCGUCAUCAUCAUAUAUGGAGGUAGAUGAUAGCAAAACAGAAAAUAUGGAUACUGAUGAGCUCAGAGCUACAUAUGGUAAUCAACAGUUUACGCCAACUCAAGAUGUCCUUUUUGAUUGGCUAACACAGAGUAGCCUUUCUUCUUCCAUGGAGGUAGAUAGUGUGGAUUCUGGUGUUCAAAGUUCUUUGCUAACAGUGUCCAGUAAAGCUACAGCUGUGUCUCAAGUUUAUCCUACAAGAAAGAGACCAGGUCCAGGUUUUGGACAGAAAAAGCUUAGUGCCAUUAAAGAUAGUCAAGAGGAUCCUUUGGAAGAAAAUAGCAAGAGGAUUGAAAAUAAAUCAAGAAAAUUUGCUUAUCUCAAAAAGCGAGUGUUGAAAGAUCGUGAAGUUCAAAGUCUUUAUUUUGCAAAAAUGCACAUUAUUAAAAAUGAGACUCAAGUUCAACAUGUUCAUGAACAAAAGUCCAAACAUGAAAAUCAAGUAACUUUGUACAGGAAAUAUCGAACUGGAGAACUCCCUGAUAUACAAAUAAAAUAUUCUUCCUUGAUAGCAACAUUGCAAGUAGUAGCUCUGAGAGACAGUACAGUGGCCAGGCUACUCUUCAAUUCCUUGUUCAAAGGAAUAUUUGCUGAUGCUGAAAAAGAGAAGAGAGAUGAAGACAUGGAAACAAGUAUUCAAUUAAUUCAAAACAGUAUUAGUAUUAUGCUGAAAGCCUCCGAGCAGCAUUUCCCUCCAUUCAUUAGCUGCAUGUUGAAUAUUUUGUAUGAUAUGGAAAAAGAAUUGCCUAUUGAUAUCAAACAGCUCAUUUCAUCAUCUGCAAUAACUGCUAAACUUCAACCACUUGCAAUAAUUGUACUGGAAGAACAAAUAAUUAAAGGCAUGAACAGUUGUCGUCCCAGUAAAGCGAAAAGGCCACGUCAGAAUUUGAACCCGCCACCAACUGACGUUUCAACCUGGUUGGAAUUAGCCAAACUUUAUAAAUCAAUCAAUGAAUAUGAUUCAGUUUUGGGCAUUUUCAAAGAUAACGUUGGUUGUCAAGAAGUUAGUAAGAUGGCCAUAGAAGCAGAAAUUUGUGGUGAUUACUCAGAGGCUAUUAAACACUAUGUUACGGCUAUUGAGUUGAGCACAAAGGAUGAAAUUUGUACUUGGCACCACUGUUAUAUACAGUGUCUGGAAAAUUUGAGCAGAUGGGACAAAGUGGAAAAAGAGUGUGUACAUGGUAUAGAUCCAGAAAAUGAUGAUUUUACCAAAGUUUUGGAUAAUUCUUUCAAUCAAGAAAACUACCUGCAGCCUCUUAUUCAAUCUAAAUUGAAAUUAAUGCAACAGCAAGACGUAAACCAGACAGAGUUUCUGAAAUUUAUUGACAAUGCUCUCAAAUCACCUUUUAAGUCUAACAUUUUAGAGCAUCAGUUUUCCAAAGAACUCUCUUUGAUGUUUCUAUGGCAAGAGAAUUAUGACAGAGCUUUGAUUUACAUUAAUAACGCUAUUCAGCAGUUUCUACUGGAAUGGUCAAACACUGAUAUACUUAUGAAGUCACGACGUAAAUAUCUUCUGCAAAACCUGCAAGUUCUAUCAGAAAUAGAGAACUUUCUGUCUUUCUUCAAGAAUAAAGAGAAGAUAAAGUCUUGCUCUUCAAUUAACCAAUUGUUUAAUUGUUGGGAAAAGCAAACUCCUAGCCUCUUGGAAGAUCCUGUGAAAGUAUGGGACGAUGUAAUAACUAACAGACUGACUUAUAUUGAUCAAAUCACUAUUGAACGAAAUAAACCUAAAUAUAGUGAUGCUAUGGAUACCAAUGAUGGUAAUUAUUUCCCAAAAGAAUUCAAGUUGACUCUGCAACUAUUAAGGGCUGAAAGCUGUUGUGAGCAAAAUAAUUUUAAACUGGCUCGAACAAUACUGAAAAAAAUUUCCGGAGAUUGUAAACAUAUUUCUCUCAUGAAGUUGAAGUUGAAAUGGAAUCAUCUGUAUGUUCAGUCAUGCCAGAAAAAAAACCUUCCCUCUAAAGAUACCUGUAUCAACCUGGUGAACAACCUUAAGAUUCUUUGUGAACAUGAUCUAAGCCUAUUGCCACUUGAGGAGCAAAGUCUGAAAUGGAAACACAAUGUACUUUAUGGAGAACAUUUGUCACUACUAGCUUCAGUACUGAAGAAUGAAGGUGAUGAGUUUCAGUUUGAAAAUCUGCCAAUUGAUAUCCAACAGAAAAUAAUUCAUUAUGCUGGCUAUGAAAGCAGAACACUGUCAACACAGGAAUUAUCUCAGAAAUUAAUUAUUUCUGGCUGUGAAUAUCUUGAGAAAAAUGUUAUCAGUAAUGAUUCUGAAGAAAAGUCGGUUUCUGUAAGAGAAAGUAUUGGAGAAACGCACCUAGCAAUUGCUAAGUACUGCAAUCAGUUCUUGCAAGAUUCACCAUCUCUUGGAAAUAAUCUCAUGUCAUCUUUACUCAAAGCAAUUCGAUAUGGCAUAAAAGAAGCUCAGCAACGUUUCUGUCAUCUACUACAGUUGCUUGAGACUCAUACUGAGAGUAUAGAUAUUUUCAUCAAUGAGAGCAAGAAAAUACCAUGUUGGAUGUUCUUAAAUUGGAUUAACCAAAUGAUAUCACUACUUGAUAAACCAAAAGCAUAUGCCAUCCACGAUAUUGUCUAUAACAUCGCCUGCCAGUAUCCCCAAGCUAUUGUAUAUUCAUUCAAAAUCAGUAAUGAAGGCUUCAGGUUUGAAGGAAAUGACAGUGGAACACAGAACAGAAAAUUUGUCGAAAAGUUAUCAUGUCGUUUGAACUCAAAAACGCUGCCGCAAGUAUUUACUUUCAUCAGCUCCUUGGAAAGUUUUGCAAAUCCAUUUAACGUCUUCAAGGAUUGGUCUAAAAAUGCCCAACACUUGCAUACAAAGACUAACCCAGAAAAGCAGAAAGUCAUAGAACUUUAUAAGGACAUGUACUCAGCUCUUUUUGAAAAUUCUUGUGAAGAAAAUGUUAGCUCUUAUUAUCAGAAAUUUACUAAGAAUUUCCACUCUUUAUUUGUUAGUUCAUUUGGAAAAGAUGGUUCCAAGAUAAACAAGAUGAGCAAACAGGAAUUUCAAAAGCAAAUCGUUGUCAUAAAGGAAAAGAUUGAGAAACAUAGGCUUAAAGAACCAAAGGCACUUGAAGAAUUCAGUUCUUGGAUGUCUAAUUUUGACCCUUUGCUUGAUACUUUGGAAAUCCCUGGUCAGUAUCAUGGAUUUAGUAAGCCUUUACUGGAAUAUCAUAUAAAGAUCUCUGGUUUUGACCAACAGGUCCAAACCUUCUCAUCAUUACAAAAGCCAAGAAAGAUUAUAAUUCGAGGUAACAAUCAAAAGGAAUAUCCCUUCAUAGUAAAAUGUGGAGAAGAUUUACGUCAAGACCAGAGAAUUGAACAACUGUCUGAAGUCAUCAAUGAAAUAUUCAAAAAAAAUUCCAUCUGCCAAACCAAGAAAUUACAGCUGAAGACAUAUCAAAUUAUACCAAUGACUACACGUGUUGGACUACUUGAAUGCCUUGAAAAUGUUCUCACUCUUCAAGAUACUCUACAAAAAGAUUUAAAAAACAAGGAAAAUUACAUUUUCGAAACAUUUAAAAGACAUAAAGAGUUUAAAAACAAAUAUGAUGUUGCAUCAGGAGUAAUGAAUAUAUUUAAGAAAUGUAAAAAACCCGAAGCUGAAUUAGGAUACCAAAGUAUUUGUGCAAGAAUACCACAGGAUCUUUUAAGGAAAUCCUUCAAGAAAAUGAGUACAUCCCCCGAGGCCUUCCAUGUGCUACGUACCGGUUUUACUAUUUCUCAUGCAGUUUUAUGCAUUUGUCAUUACAUAUUGGGUGUCGGUGAUCGACAUCUAAGUAAUUUGAUGAUACAUCAAGGUACCGGACAAAUGAUCGGAAUUGAUUUUGGCCAUGCUUUUGGUUCAGCAACACAAUAUUUACCAAUUCCAGAGUUAAUGCCAUUCCGUCUUACUCGUCAACUGCAAAAUGUCUGCUUGCCUCAUGGCACUAAAGGUACAUUUGAAAGAACUAUGGCGCACUGCUUGGAAUCACUUCGAUCUGAUAAAGACCUACUUACUCAUACACUGGAGAUCUUUGUUAGGGAGCCCUCUCUUGAUUGGCUGAAAAAUGCUCAAACCAAUAUGCACAGAAAAGCACAAGAUUUCAGUGAAGAGGAAGACCUUUCUUGGUAUCCAAAGGAGAAAAUUGAUUUUGUUAAACGCAAGUUAGAUGGAGACCAUCCUGCUUACAUUACCAGCGAUGAAUUGAGUCUGAAUUCAUAUGUGAAAAGAUUUGAUGCUUUGAAAGCUGUCACUUCGAUUGUUCUGGGUGCCGAAGGCAAUGUUCGAUCUACACUUCCGCAAAAACAUCUUACUGUCGAGCAACAAAUUACAGCACUCAUUGAUUUGGCUACAGACCCAAAUAUUUUGAUCAGAACAUUUGAAGGCUGGAAUCCUUUGAUUUAAAUCUAAAUCAUACUAUUUUUUAUCUUCAUUUGUUGAAUCACUUUGUUACAUUUUUAUUUUUUUAAAUUUAAUUCAAAACAUCUUUUCUUAAAAUCACCUAAAAUAUUACACUGUAUUUUUAAAUGUAUGUGAGAAAUUGAAAUAAAGGAAAUGUUUAUAAAACAA